AUGGGUCCCCCUGCUCGGCUAGUGGCUGCCUUUACAUGGGCCCAAAAGUCAGUCGAAUGGGUUGAUGAGCAGGGCCAUGUAGAAUGGCUGAAGAAAUGGCAUCGAGUGCCAUGGUCCUCAUGGUUUUCCGGUUUUGGCUGUGCAGAGAUGGCCUUGAGCAUGAUAGCUAGUGCCUUGGCCAAGCAGACCGGGAAGACAGUGGUCCCAUUCAGCCAGAGCUAUCAAUUUGAGAUAGCAAACAAGGCCAGGUUGGCCAGUAGAGAAUGCCUUGAAGACCAUGUGUGUCAGCACCAGGACAUACUCAGACUUCUUGAUGAUGCAAACAGAAAGAAGCUAAAGAUUCUGGAGGAUUCGUGCGAGAAGCCAUCGGAGGACCUUUGGACUUUCCUCUUGGACAAGAAGUAUGAUAUCUUCAUUCUGGAGAAGUACCUGGAGGUGGUGAAUGAUCCAGCUGCAAUCUAUGCAUCCUUGGUGGAGCACGUUCAAAGCCUCAUCGAGCCGGUUAGUGUAUACGAUGCUGCGUGGAUGACAUAUGAGGAGAACGAACGCGACUUUCGAGGAGAGAUGAUAGCCAAUAGGAAUGCAAAUUCCACAGUUGCCGCACAUGAAGUCCACAGCGUCAACCUCUCUGACUGGACACCUCUUCUCUCCGACAUCGAGCAGAAAAAUUACCAGCAAUACCUUCAAAGUCUUGGACAAGACAGCCUGCCAAGGCAUGAGCGCGAGAUACGAGGAGUAUGUGUGGGUCAGGACCCUGUCUUCAUGAAUAUGUCUGGGAGUCCUUCCAAGCUCCCAGCCUUUACAACAGAUUCAACAAAGCGAAUCAUGCUCACAGACCGGGACCGUUGGCUGACAGCGGCAGAGAAGGUUGCUGUGACAGGAUUUCCCGUUCACAAGGACCUAGCGGAAGCUGCAAUGGUUCCUGCAAUUUCCUUGAGGGAUGUGCAAAGUUGGCAUCGUGGCUGCGGUAAUGGGAUGAUUAUCGGCAAUGUUGGCAUGGUGGUGCUCAGUGUGCUGGCCUCAGUGAGGCCUACAGCCGCAUGGAAGGAAGUCGAGGCCAUGGCCAUUGAACAGCAGGAAAUGCUUGGCAUCCCAGCGCAGCUCAAAUAUCAUGGUGGGUGGAAGAAGUGGCGGUUGGAGGUGGGUGAGACAACCCACAGCUUCCUGGACAAAACCCAAGCCCUUCAGGUGUCCAAAUGGGUCGGAGAGUGCAUGGUGAGAUUAGAAUCCUCCUCCAACCACAGUCUGACCGCAGAGUUGAAAGAGGCGGGCCUGAAAGCGAAAAGGUCGAAGCAGGACUUGGUCAAGGCAGUGCUCCGUCUACGGUACAAAGCUGCUAGCCACCCUUGCAUAUGCUGCACAGGCGUGAAGGCGGGGAUCCCUCUAUAUAAGCCAUAG